CCGUCUCCGCGCCCGUCCACAGAAUUUUCUAGCGUCAACAAGGGACUCAUGUGGCUUAAAGAUACAAAUAUAUAGGGGCGCGUAGGGUCAGCGCGUAGCACGACCUCGUACGCUCAACAUGCGCACCCAGCUGUUCCAAGCAGUACUCGCUGCCGUCUCUGUGGCGGGCCCCGCUGUUGCGGUCUUGACUUGCAAGGUCAAGGCACUGGGUGCUGGGCAAGAUGAUGGCCCCAACAUCUUGGCCGCUUUCGAGCGGUGCGGGAAGAACGGUCGCAUCACUCUUGACGAAUACUACGUCGUCGAUACGCUGCUGUUGACAACUGGCCUCAAGAAUGUGGAGAUUGACCUCAGUGGUACAGUUCAAUACACACCGGACAUUGCAAAGUGGUCACCGCAAAGUCUAUUCCUCACCUACCAAAACGCGACAACCUUCUGGUUCCUUUCGGGCGACAACAUCCAUCUAUACGGUGGCGGAACGUUGGACGGCAACGGGCAAGUCUGGUGGGAACACCAGGCCGCAUUCCCGAACGCCGGCACUGCGGGCGGAUCUUCUCGCACCUUUGCGCGACCCGUGCCACUCACCGUUGGGAAUGCAUCGAACGUCGUCAUCCAGGAUCUUCACAUGAUCGGAUCGCCGUUCUGGAAUAACUUCGUCUAUCAGAGCACGAACGUCACGUAUAAGGGCAUUAACAUCAACACGGUGUCCUAUAAUUCCAGCGCUCCUCCUGCGAACUCGGACGGCUGGGACAUUUACCGUAGUUCCUUCGUCACCAUUACAAACUCAACUAUCAACAAUGACGAUGACUGCGUCUCCUUUAAGCCAAACAGCACGAACAUCGUCGUCAGUCAUCUGAAUUGCAACGGAAGCCACGGCAUCUCCGUCGGAUCUCUUGGGCAGUACGCCGGCGAGACCGAUAUCGUUGCGAACAUAUCCGUUUCCGACAUCGUGAUGAAGAACGCGCAGAACGGCGCGAGGAUCAAGGUGUUUGGUGGUUCGCCGUUCGCCAAUAGCACGGCGGGCGGCGGAACGGGCUUCGUCAAAAACGUCACUUUCACAAACUUCCAAGUCGCAAACGUCGAUCAUCCGAUUUUGAUUGACCAGUGUUACUCGACGGCUGCGGCGACCUGCGCUGAAUUCCCCAGCACGCUCAGCAUCUCCGAUGUUCAUUAUAUCAAUGUCACCGGCACGUCCUCAGGAGCGGAAAAACAAGUCGUCGUGGACCUUGAGUGCAGCGCGAACUGUACGGACAUCACCGCUGUCGGAACCAAUAUCACUCCGCCGAGUGGUUCGCCGGAGUACGUCUGUAAGAACAUCGUUAGCGCUAGCGACCUCGACUUCCCAUGCACGGCUCCCUCGUGAUCGGAAUAGUUAGUCUUCAUACUGAGCGUAGCGAAUAGAAUCACAUUGUGAACGCG